ACACACACACACACACACACACACACACACACACUCCUCCUCCAAACUUGCAGCUCUCUCUCUCUUCCUUCCCCCUCCUCCUCGUCUUCGUCUUUAUCGUCUCCCUGCAGGAGAACCAGAGAACAUCUUCGAGCAGACGGGCACCUGCCUGCCCGCCUUCCCCUCUCCUCUGUCGGCUGUCUCUCCCGGAGCUCCGGGCUCUACCAGCGGCCCCUCCUCGGCUCUGUGCGACGCUGGGAACGCGCUGAGGGCGGCUGGAGGACGGAGGAGGAGCCGCUGCUGCUGAUGGAUGUUCGGAUGGAGGCUCCGGAGGCUCACCUUGGGAGGAGAGUUCAGUCUGUGAUGCCUGACUGCUGAUGACCUCUGAUGACCUCUGAUGACCCUUGACCUCUCUGACAGACACCUCUGAGAGGAGUUGUGAGGAUGGAGGGAGGAGAGGAGGCGGAGUCCUCAUCUGGAGUGGGAGGAGCCUCACCGCGAGGACAAAACGGCCUCAUCAAUACCCGGGGUUUGGGGGCGGAGCCUCAGCUAUCGGUGUACUCUGCGCCUCAGUACCAGGGUCUUGUGGUUAGUGCCUCCUCUCAGCAGGAGCGUAGUGCUGCUCCUCCUCAGCUCCUCAACCCCAGUGCUCUCCUCCCCCAGGUGGCGUCGGAGCCCUGCCUCCGGCCGGCCGCCAGCCUCCUGCUCUGCCCGGACGGAGUGCUGAGGGCCUGGGGGGAGGCUGGGGGAGGAGACUGCUGUGAGACCACCUUCAUCGAGGGGCUGGGUCCGGACAGCUCCUCUGCUCCUGCUGCCUCCACUAAGGAGGUGCUGCUGUUCGCUGACGGGAAGUUUCUGGAGUUUUCUGGUGACAAAGCAAAGGUUCAUACGCUGUCAUACGACAUUGACGACGACGAAUUUCAGGAACUGGAGAGUGAUUACUCCAGCGAAUCAGAGAGCGAGGACGCCUUCCUGCUGAUGCCUCCCAGAGAUCACCUGGGCCUCAGCGUCUUCUCCAUGCUCUGCUGCUUCUGGCCGCUCGGCAUCGCUGCCUUCUACCUGUCGCACGAGACCAACAAGGCGGUGUCUAAGGGGGACUUCCACCUGGCCAGCUCCAGCUCCAGGCGCGCCCUCUUCCUGGCCGUCCUGUCCGUCACCAUAGGGACGGGGAUCUACGUGGGCGUUGUUGUGGCGCUCAUCGCCUACCUGUCCAAGAACCACCACUGAUAACCAUGAUGACACAGAGAGUCCCCAGCAGCCCCUCCCUCCCCCUGCUGUCAGGUGGAGGUGAGGUUCCUCGGCAGGUCGGCAUCCUGCGUGGAGGCGGAUCGGCGGGUCGAGAGCUCAACAGGUGGAGCUCUCACCUGCAACCUGUCGGCCAAUCAGAUCGCAGGAUCUCUGAGGCGGAACGAAGAGGAAGUUUGUUUGUUGUGAUUUAAAGAAAUGACUGAAUUUAUUUAAUCUGCAUGAAAACCGAAGACAUUAAAUCCACAAACUGUCCUAAAACACUGAUUACAGACACGCUGUUUACUCUGUUUGUUGUUUACUCUGUUUGCUGUUUACUGUUUGUUGUUGUUUAUUCUGUUGUUGAUGACUUUAAAUUGAUGCUUUAAUCAAACUUUCACUGUAAGAAGUCAUAAAUUUGCAUUUUCUAUCA